AUGUUGCGCGAUCAAUGCCUUUAUUAUUUUCGGGAAUUCCUCGUGGCAAUAUCAGGCGAUGUUUCUGCAUAUGCUUCUCGAAAGAAGCAAUUGAUUCUACCUCAAAUUCCUCUUCAAUUUGUCAAAAAUAUCAUUCGGGAAGUUACAAUAAUAUUUAAAAACGAACCUAAUUUACUCAGUAUUAAAGCUCCAGUAGUAGUAUGCGGCGAUUUACAUGGCCAUAUUCUUGACUUAUUUCGUAUCUUAAAACAAUGUGGUUCGCCAGAAGCAAAAAAAUUCAUUUUCCUUGGUGAUAUAGUCGAUAGAGGUGAAUUUUCAGUAGAAUGCAUUAUACUUAUCUAUAUAAUGAAAAUAGUUUGGCCAGAUAACGUUUCAAUUAUACGAGGAAAUCACGAAUUUGGCUAUUUAUGUAGUCAAUGUGGCUUCCUUGAGCAAUUACUUUCAUCUUAUGGGGAGCCUAUGCUAUUUCAAUACUUUAUUUCUUCAUUUAAUUAUAACACAUCGUUAUGUAUCCAUGGUGGACUAAGUCCAUCAUUACAGCUACUUUCUCAGAUAAAAAACCUUCAGAGGCCAGUUGAAGACUGGGAAGAUGAUGUUUUGAACGGUCUCGUAUGGUCUGACCCAGAUGUUUCCGGCUACUGUGAUGAAUUUAGCCCUUCCUCACGAGGAACAGGUUAUUUAUACGGCCAGGCCUGCGUUGAAAGAUUUUUACGAAAAAACGGACUCAAAUAUUUGAUAAGAGGCCACGAAUGCGUCCAAGACGGUCUCCGAGUCACUUUUAAUUCAGUCAUCACUGUUUUCAGUGCAUCGAACUAUUGCGGUGUCUCAAACAACGACGGCGCGUAUAUUUUGAUGAAGAGCGAUGACACGUAUGACAUUAAGCCUCUUCCUGCCUUGGAUUACCUCUUGAGAAGCUACGUAAUCUUCAGCAAAGGAAAAACAGAAAACGAGAGACCAUUGGUCAAAAUAAGUGAGCCAAAGUCAGCCAGGAUUAUUCAGCCGAAACCUCUUCAUUCUCCAAUGAAUAACCAAUCCAUCAAAUCACCUCGUGUUUCUUUCACGAAGAAUAAGUUGCCGGCAUUGCCGGCACAUAAUAGAGCAAGAAAUUAA